UAACUUCAGUUAAAAGGCAAGGCCGCCAAAAGUUGAAAGUUGUUGGAUCGGCGCCGGGUCGACCUCAUACAAGUUACAUUGGAAUAAAGAUGGAAGUUACAAUUGACAAUUUCAAUGAGGCCUUGAAGUUAAUGAGCUCUGCAUUAGACCAUUGCUCAUUUGUAGCCAUCGAUGGUGAAUUCACAGGAUUACACAGUGGAUCAAGUCCAGGUGUCUUUGACACUCCAGCAGAGAGAUACCAACAUCUGAAAGAGAACUGCUGUGACUUUCUUUUGAUUCAACUUGGUGUCUGCAUAUUCAAGUAUGAGAAACAGAAGAAAGGAUAUGGCUAUGUUGCCUAUCCAUUCAACUUCUAUGUCUUUCCAAGGCCGUCCAUGCGAGCUGCUCCAGAUCAAAGAUUCUUGUGUCAGAGCUCCAGUAUAGAUUUUCUAGUGUCUCAUGGCUUUGAUUUCAACAAGCUGUUUUAUAAAGGAAUCGGUUACUUGACGGCUGUAGACAACAUGAGAGUGAAAGAGAUGGUUCAACAGAGGCAUGCACAGUACGAGGGUAAUGCUAGUCUUCUUUCAGACUGUAGUCCAAAUUUCAACUCACCGUCGACAGCCAAGAGACCGGUCGAUGUACCAGAAGAGCACAAGCCAUUUAUAGAUGAUGUUUGUAAAAGAGUUGGGGAGUUUGCAGCUGGAACAGAUGAGGAACUCAAACUUGAACCAUGCACAGGGUAAGAUGAUAUACCACAGUUUUAGA